AUGUUUCCAUUUCGAAGUUCAAGUUCCAGUGAUACUUCUACUGUUAUAAAUCCAUUCGGAACUAGUAGUACUACUAGUACUGCGAUAACUAAUCGUACGGAUCAGUCUACGACGACUAUUACCGAUUCUACUUUGACUCUGGCUCCUUCUCAUUCCGACGGAAUUUAUGAGGAUCAUCCUGGUCUUAUUAACCCGCCCAGUGAAAAUAUCGUAGAGAGACAAAGUGCUAUCCGCGAGAAAGUAGAAGAAUUAAUGUUGGGAGCUGAAGCUGAGGUUCCUGAAGACAUCAUUCUAGCUGUAGCCGAGGAAUUGCAUGGAGAAAGCAAUAAUGCUGAAUUUUUACAAGACAUUUUAGAUAAUUUAAACAGAGCAGGGACCGCGGACGCAGACUUUCAGAAUGCCUUUCAAAAGUUUUUCAUCCGCAGCCCCCUUGAGCAAUUUGAGAUUCUUCCAUUGAUUCCUAUGAAACUAGGAGACUUGUAUUUCUCAUUCACAAAUCCAUCUUUGUUUAUGCUACUCACUCUCAGUUUUUUCCUACUUUUUGUUCAUUUUGUUACUAAAAAGGGAGGAGGAAAGUCAGUACCAAAUGCUUGGCAAUCCUUGGUAGAGCUUAUUUAUGAUUUCGUGCCGAACCUGGUAAAGGAACAAAUAGGUGGUCUUUCCGGAAAUGUGAAAGAAAAGUUUUUCCCUUGCAUCUCGGUUACUUUUACUUUUUCGUUAUUUCGUAAUCUCCAGGGUAUGAUACCUUAUAGCUUCACAGUUACAAGUCAUUUUCUCAUUACUUUGGGUCUCUCAUUUUCUCUUUUUAUUGGCAUUACUAUAGUGGGAUUUCAAAAAAAUGGGCUUCAUUUUUUAAGCUUCUCAUUACCCGCAGGAGUCCCACUUCCGUUAGCACCUUUUUUAGUACUCCUUGAGCUAAUCCCUCAUUGUUUUCGCGCAUUAAGCUUAGGAAUACGUUUAUUUGCUAAUAUGAUGGCCGGUCAUAGUUCAGUAAAGAUUUUAAGUGGGUCCGCUUGGACUAUGCUAUGUAUGAAUGAUCUUUUCUAUUUCAUAGGGGAUCCUGGUCCUUUAUUUAUAGUUCUUGCAUUAACCGGUCUGGAAUUAGGUGUAGCUAUAUCACAAGCUCAUGUUUCUACGAUCUCAAUCUGUAUUUACUUGAAUGAUGCUAUAAAUCUCCAUCAAAGUGCUUAUUUAUUUAUAAUUGAACAAAAGCGAGGAAUAUAUCUCUAGUUCCGGUUUUCAAUCUGCAUAUAAGCUUACCAAUGACUGCUAUAUUGUUCAGUACAUAGUGAACAAACCCUUUUCAGAUUCAAAUGAAUGGAAACCCCCUACAAUGACUGCGGUUCAUAUAUCCGC